AAAAAAGUUGAUUUUCUUGCAAGGUAAGCGAGGUAAUCUUCCCAUGUGGAGACACUACCAACCCUGCACGCAGCGCUGGUUAGGGUAUUUAAACCCCACGUCCCACGUGACAGGCACAUCGGCGACGUAAACCCCGCCCCUCUCAUCGUCAACAACUGGAUCCCAGCUAUUUUCGUCAACUAGCCGUUGCUGACUAGCGACGGUUUGCUGAAUUCAUUAAAACACUCCGGUCUGGAAGGAAAUGUGCGCAUUUUCGUCAGCUUGAAUCAUAAUCAAACUAGGCGUGUUGUGCCAGUGCUCAGUUUAUGUUGCCUUAAAAAAAAUCGACGAGUACCGAGAGAACGCCUCGCUUACUUUAGCCGCCUCUGAAUUUAGCUAACGGCUAACGACGUAGGCAGAGUUCACCGCUAUUAGCUGAUUGACAGCUGGCCGCCUCGGUUUGAUACUUGGCUUCGAGUAACGGCAACGCGGCGAAGCUUCGUCUCACCUGAACGAUGACCCAUCCUUGGCGUUGAGAGAAGACCGAGGCCCGAUUGGAUGUCCUAUUGGCGACACCACAGUCAGGCUUUAGCUAGGUGAGUCCUGGUCGACUCCAACGUUGUCCCUUUUGAAGAUUAGUUGAUGAGCCACAACGUGAGUUUGCCGAUGCUCCCCACGUUUUGACAUCACAGCCGCCGAUAUGAUGCCGAUGAUAUUGACGGUGUACCUCAGCGAUGGAGAGCAGGCCGUGACUGAGGUGCCCAUCACCCCAGAGACAACGUGCCGUGAUGUUGUAGAGUUCUGCAAGGAGCCAGGCGAGAGCGGCUGCCACCUAGCUGAAGUCUGGCGAGGCAAUGAACGAGCCAUCCCCUUUGAACACAUGAUGUAUGAGCAUCUGCAAAAAUGGGGCCCUCGGAAACAAGAAGUCAAGUUCUUUCUUCGCCAUGAGGAUUCACCCACCGAGACUAGCGAUCAAGGGAGUCAGCAGUCUCAAGAUCAAACCAUUCGUCGAAGUGGAAACAGUGGAGAGAAGCACAAUGAGAAUGGGGUGGGGAAUCAACGUGUGGAGCUCACACUUUCAGAACUUCAGGAGAUGGCCACUAGGCAGCAGCAGCAGAUAGAAGCCCAGCAGCAGAUGCUCGUUGCAAAGGAGCAACGUCUGCGUUAUCUGAAGCAGCAGGAGAGGCGACAGCAGCAAUCAGUCUCAGAGAGUGAGAAGCUACAGAGGCUGAAGGAGCGUGUGGAGAGUCAGGAGGCCAAGCUCAAGAAGAUCAGGGCCAUGAGAGGCCAGGUGGACUACAGCAAGGUCAUCAAUGGCAACCUGUCGGCAGAGAUAGAGCAGGUGAGCAGCCUGUUCCAAGAGAAACAGUCUGAGUUGCAGGCGGCUGUGCUGCGGGUGGAGCAGCUAAGCGUACAGCUGGAGGACCUGCGACGGGGUAAACUCAAUGGCAUACAGACGGCCCUGGGUGGCCAGGUCACAGGCACUGCUGCCCUGGAGCUACGCAAGCUGUACCAGGAGCUACAGAUCCGGAACAAGCUGAACCAGGAGCAAAACAGCAAGCUGCAACAACAGAAGGAGCUUCUCAACAAGCGCAACAUGGAGGUGACACUCAUGGACAAGCGCAUCAGUGAGCUCCGGGAGCGCCUCUACAAGAAAAAAGCUGAGGCACGUCAAAAAGAGAACCUUCCUCUGAACAGAGCCAAUGGGCCUCCCUCCCCUCAGCCAGCACCUGGUACCCUGGGCCGUGUGGCAGCAGUGGGUCCCUACAUACAGGUCCCUGUGCCAGGCCGACAGGAAGGGGGCUACUCUGUACCACCAGACCCUCUAAAGCCUCAGACACUCGGGGUCAAUACCCAGUCCAACCACGGCCGUUCCAAAUCAGCGAAUGAUACUGGCUGGCCUACAGUAGGCAAAAACAAUGCAUCCCUCAAACCCCCUGACAGGAGGGACUCGGGUACAGAUACCCAGGGUAAAAGCCCUCCUUCAGGUUCGCCUGUGGCUCCAACUCCAGAAAAGGUGCUUGACUCAAAGAUUGCGGUUUCCCCUGCCAUAUCCAAGCCGCAGCCCCCUCCGUAUGGCUCUCAUCUCAUCUCCUCAACCGCUGGCAGCUCCCUGGAGCGUCGUAAGGAUGCCCCACCGCCUCGGCCUCUCCCCAACCCGCCAGCCCCAGCCUGGCCUCGAGUUCCCCCUACCACAGGCUCAUCUUCCCAGCAGAUCCAGCAGCGCAUCUCCGUACCCCCAAGCCCCACCUUUCAGCCCAACUCACCCCUUUUCCCCCCCGGGCUCAGCGAGCGGCUGGAACCCCCUCUAGCUGUGGCAGUGCGGCCCUUCAUCCCAGAUAGAGGCUCACGUCCUCAGUCACCACGCAAGGGCCCAGCUACCAUGAACUCCAGCUCCAUCUACCACAUGUACCUUCAACAGGCAGCACCAAAGAGCCAGCCACACAAACCUGCUCUCAAAGCUGUUUACGGAAAGCCUGUUCUCCCUGCCAGUUCAACACCACCCUCGCCCUUGCCUUUCAUGCAAGCAGGUGGGGCUUUCCCCCUGCUCCAGGGUCACCCCAGCGGUGAGGACACCUUGGAUGGUGAGGCAGAUGAUCUGGAUGGCUGCCAGCCCCUUGAGCCCUCUGCGCCCCCUCCAAGUGUGGAGAAUAUUCCGCGGCCUCUCAGCCCCACCAAGCUCACGCCCAUGGUGCACUCUCCACUGCGCUACCAAAGUGACGCUGACCUGGAAGUGCUCCGCAAAAAGCUGGCGAAUGCUCCUCGGCCCCUCAAGAAGCGCAGCUCUAUCACGGAGCCCGAGGGCCCAGGUGGACCCAACAUCCAGAAGCUGCUGUAUCAGAGGUUCAACACCCUGGCAGGGGGCAUAGAGGGAAAUGCGGUCAGCGGAGGGGGCAGUGGUGGCAGCCCGGGCAAUGGCACGCCAUUCUACCAGCCAGCCAAUCCUCCAGGCUAUCUAGCAGGCGACUCAGCUGCUGACACAGACAACGGCAAUCCCCCCGCUUCUGAAAUGGUGCUGCCUAUGCCAGUGGGAGCUGAGGAGCCAGUCUCUGAGCCUCCACCUCCACCCACUGAUGCUAAUGACAACCAGCCAUCACCAUCGCCAACAGAGGGGCUGGCAGACCUUGCUGAGCCAGAGGAAUCAGAGGACAACAACAACAACAAUGUGGGAGGCCCCGAGGCCGUGCUCCCCAGCCCUGUGCCUGAGGUCAGCACUCCGGAGGAGAUCGGCACCACGCCCUCACAGCCCUUGGAGAAGCGCACCAACCUGAAGAAGCCCAAUUCUGAGCGCACUGGUCAUGGCCUAAGGGUGAAGUUCAACCCCUUGGCCCUCCUGCUUGAUGCCUCACUGGAGGGAGAGUUUGAUCUCGUCCAGAGAAUCAUCUACGAGGUGGAAAACCCCAGCACUCCCAACGAUGAGGGCAUCACGCCCCUGCACAAUGCUGUGUGUGCAGGACAUCACCACAUAGUCAAGUUCCUGUUGGAUUUUGGGGUCAAUGUUAAUGCUGCCGACAGUGAUGGAUGGACACCGCUUCACUGUGCAGCUUCCUGCAACAGUGUCCAUCUGUGCAAGCUGCUGGUGGAGUCGGGGGCAGCCAUUUUUGCCAGCACCAUCAGUGAUGUGGAGACGGCUGCAGAUAAGUGCGAGGAGAUGGAGGAGGGCUACAUCCAGUGCUCCCAGUUCCUCUAUGGUGUGCAGGAGAAGCUGGGUGUAAUGAACAAGGGCACAGUGUAUGCUCUUUGGGAGUAUGAGGCUCAGAGUUCAGAUGAGCUGUCCUUCAAUGAGGGCGAUGCCAUUACCAUUCUCCGGAGACAGGAUGACAGCGAAACAGAGUGGUGGUGGGCACGCCUGGAUGACAACGAGGGCUACGUGCCCCGAAACCUGCUAGGGCUGUAUCCCAGGAUAAAGCCUCGUCAGCGCUCCCUGGCAUGAUUUUGCUCCCCGUCACCCAUUGGUUAACGACUGGACUCAGCAGAACAAAGAGCAGAGAACAAAAGGGCCUGGUGCUCUCUCCUUUUCCCUGUGGCCAUAACCUCCCAUGCCUUUUGCUUCUCCUGAAAUCCUUACUCUGAAGCAUAAGGCAGCAGUGAACUCUUGACACACGUAUUUAUGCAUAAACACACACCCACACAGAACAAAAAAUAGUGAAAUUCAAAUGUCGCAAAGGGGAAAAUCCCUUUAACCACUCCAUGUUUACCCUGCAGGACCUCCAAACCCCACAACAUUACUUUGUCAUUCUCCUAAUUCGACUUUCUCCUAAUUCACUUGUCAGUACUUUAUCAAUCAUCUCAUUGAAGAACAAAACACAAACGUGUCUGUGUGUCCAACCAGUGCUCACACGUUUAAGUCAGCCAGACUCCAAGUUAUUUUGCAUGUUUUUCGGCUUAUGUGAGGCCAUUCAGGCACAGGAGAGCCAACUCGACAAUAUCAGGUCCACAGUGAAAUUGUUUUACAUGAAAGUUUAUGAUGAAUGACCACAUUGAAAAUAGGCUACUUACGUUGCCUUCACAUGAACUCUUGGAAACGGUAAAUGACAGUGGGCAAAAUGGAACGGGAACAACCACAAACUUUGUGACGGAAAGGCAGGACGGUUAAAAAAACAAACUACAUGGGUUGCCAUGAUGAUGUUUGCAGAAAAAAAAGAUUAAACUUAUACGAACAUGUUUUGUGUUUUUUAUUUAGUUAUACACAGUAAUUGUGUCAAUUCAUACCUAUAAAAUGAGUCCGCCUUCUUUUGUUUUGUGACGUGCUACGUAACAUCCCAUUGUAAAUUUCGUCACAGAGGACGGCAAAAAGUUAAGAUAUUUUAACUUUGGACGGCAGUGCUGUUGCCGCUGUCGGCAUAAUUUGCUGGUGAUAUCGGAUUUUACCGUCCUGCUGUCAUCCAAAAUAAUGACUUCCGAUUUGCCGUCUGCCGUUUACCAGAUUCCAUGUGAAUGCAGCCUUGGUGUUUAUUCAGCGUGCCAGUGUGAUCCCUUUGCAGUAAAGUACAGAAUCUUGAACAGUGUGACAAAUUUCUGGCCUACCAAGAACUGGUCCAUAUUGUUUGCUAUUGUAUUGUCUACCACUCCAGUCUACCCACCAAAGAUGUAUACGAGAUUUAUCAGUCAUAACUGUUAUUUCAUGGACUGUGUUUAAUCAGAUUAAACAGAUUAGUGAGUCAUCCACCUGGUUUGUCUUCAAAUUAGUCAUGAUUUAUUAAUCUGCCUUUGGGAUUUGAUGAAAAGUUCUUUGAAUCGUUGAUACUGGAAAAGAAAAUGGAUUGGCGGGACAAAACCGAAAAUAUCGUUCACUUUCAGUAGUUAUUGUCACAGCCCACUAGAACCCUCCAACCCAUUAAGCAAGCCUUUUAUUAAAUCAUCAUUGGUCAAAGCUAGCCAGCAGAGUCUCCCGAAUGCAACACUGAUGAGGUUUCACUACAUGCAUUGCGUAGUUUGGACAACCAUUUCCCUCUUUGUUUCGUAGAGAAAGAACACUACUCUGAUGAGCAAUGGAGAUAGAUGGGUGGAAUUUACAUUUUUCUUGUUUUAUUAUCCCUGUGGUAAACGGGUAGUAUGCUGCAGUUGCCAAAAUGUAUUGUCAUGGUAUUGGACAACAAACAAUGUUAUGCUUUAUUGCCAAGCACAUUGCAUAAAGCUGUGUGUCUGCACAACAUCUGAUUAGGGUGUAAAAAGACUACAAAGUUAAAGUUAUCUUAAUCUGGGUUGGUCAAGAUGUUGAAUUCAGUAAAAAAAAUAAAGAAAUUAAAAAAAUCAGAUGGCAUUCGGUCAAUCAGUUCAGUGAAGCAAAGUACAAGAUGGUAAACGAUGUAAUCAGCGCCAUGCUUAGAUAACCGUUUGUCCCAAAUGUUGACCUGGGGGUGUGAGUUUUGGCAUUUUCUCCCUAACCAAAGCUUUUUACUCAGCACAUUUAUAACCAGGGCAUGAAUUUGAUGAUAUUCACAUGCUGAGCACAUUUUGAUUUUACACCAAGCAAGAAGGCAUUAAAGCUGCAUUACUUUAAUUGGAGAGGAAGAUUUGCAAAUCUUUACUAAAAUCCAGAUACCUCAGAAAAAUAAAAUUGCCAAAUCUUAAUGGUUUUUGUGUUGUUUUUUCCCCCCCUCAGACAUAACUCAGCACUUGGUUUUUGUAAAACCUCCUUGGCUUUUUUUUAACUUAUGGUUAGGUGAUAAUGAAAAAAGAUAGAAGUGCAUAGUUGUCUGUUAAAUAUAUUUUCAUUUGGCCCUGACAAACUUGACCUGAUGUUGAUGCUGGAGGGGAAAUGUCGGCACGUCUCGUCCUCCCACAUCAAACAUUCUUUCACCAACAAAGUGCUAAUUGUAUUUCUGUUGUGCACUGAGCCUGCAUUAACAUUCAUUUGGGCUGCUAAAAAAAUGCUGACGUAUGCAUGUUAAUUCCUGAAUACAUCACUCAAGCAGGUAUACAUUAAUCGAUGUAUUGGAGAGCAGGUCAUUGUGUCUGAUUUGGAAACAUUCAAAUCUGCAUAUUGUUAGCUCUAGACAAUCCUGAAUUUGUCGAGUCCUUUAGCUUGAGGUGCACCUCUUGAGCUGUAAGCCAUUCUGAUCUUACUACCUACACUCAAGCACACGCACAUCACAUCCAUCAUUCAUCGUCAUCAAGCCCAUCUUUUGAUUUGUCUAAGUGACUAAACUUUAUACCAAGUGUGUUAGUCGCCCAAGCUUCAUCGUGACCUGAACCUGUACAUAGUGUGAGGAGAUGUGAAACAUGUUGAUUUGAUUGUUUGUUUAUGGAGAUGCAGGGUAUCUGUAUGACUGUAUGAACGCCGUGCUCACACGUCCAACUCUGUAAAUGUGACCAAUAAAA